CCAGUUAGAAGGGUUUGCCAUGUCCGAGGAGAAGCACCGCAUGUUGUACCAGGGUCAGGAUGCCAGUCAGGAGAAUCCCCAGAAGCAGCGACCCAUGUCCUUGUCGCCCUCGGAACCGCCCACCUACGAUGAUGCCAUGAAUGAGGCGAUGCCAUCUGAUUUGGCCAAGUUUGGCUACUCCGCCGAUCGCCGGAGAACCUUCUUUGCGGAGCCACAGCAUCUGAGGAAUGGCAUGGAAUCGCUGGAGGAGAUGCCUCACGUGGCGGAUGCGGAUGGGGAUGGUCCGUCGAUGCAGGAGGGAUUGCCAUCGCCUCCUGUGCGAGAUUUUUUCGUUUUGACCCCUCAACCCAAAUUGGGUAAACAGGCAAUGGAGAUUGUGUGUCCAGCUUGUGGUCAACGGGGAGUCACGCGCUUGAAGAGAUCGCCCAAUGGCACCACCCACAUUUGGGCCCUCUGGCUGUGCGCUUUUGGCUGGUGCUGCUGCGCCUGCUUGUGUCCGUAUUUAUGGAACGGCUGCCGGACGACGAAUCAUUACUGCUCCGCCUGCGAGAUCUUCCUGGGCGCACAUUAUCCUGCCGGCUGCUGCUGCUGCCGGCUGUAGUCCGGAAAUAUCCUGCAGGAUCGCAGCCGGAAUCCGGCCGCUAAUUGUGAAAGUUUUCCGUGUGUGAAUAAAGCUGAGUGGGCGGCACGCCUCUGACCACAAGGACUCCUCGGGGCUUAUUCGCUUGUAAUGAGUAACAGAGCCGAGCGUGGCCGGAAAUUGUGCGCCGUCAAAUCGAAUUGCCUACCUAAGCCCAUGGUCCGUCGUCCGUCGUCCUGCGUCCUUCGUUUUCAAUCUCCCCAAUACCCAAUCCCCCGCCAACGUCCACGCCCAUCAACCCCCCGCCCAAAUGAUGCAUAACUGGCCUAAACAAAUUGCCUCAUCAUCACUACGGCUCGCACAUCCUGGCACCCAGAGCGGAUUGUUGUUGAUGCUGCUCGUUAUUGAUACCCUGCAAAAAAAGGGGAGUAUCCGGUUUCUUUUGGCAGGCUUUUAUAGCCUUAGGGUUUAACCAUAUCAAGACUAUUUUUGAAAAAGCAUAAGUUUAACUUACCUAAAAGAAUUAUAAAUUUAAAAGAAUUAUAAAUUGGUUAUAUAUUUUUACUAGAUCUCUCUAUCAAUAUAAAAUCUCUUAGAAAGGCGUCUAAAAGUAUGCAAUUCUUGUUUUUAUUUUUGACAAAACAGUAACUUAGUUAUACCAUAGAUGUUGGCUAAAAAGAUAUAUUCAAUUUUGUUAAAUUUUUAUUCAUUUUAAGACGUGAAUAAAAAUCUGCAGGGCUGAGAAGUCUUAUAAAAAGGUGUCUAAAAGUAGGCAGUAUAAAAAAUAACGUGGGCCUCUGAUUUCUAAAAAUAGUAUUGCAUACUUUUACGCACUUUUCCAAGCCAAAUUAAAAUGUUUUUGGCCCUUCAAAAGGGUAUCCUCAAAUUUAAUUCAUCUCCACUUGUUUGGUUCUCAGUUGCGCUUUUUGUUUUCGAGGUUUCUGCCUAUUUCGGCGCUUUGCGGGGGCUUUGUUCAAUUUUUGGACUGCAAUUGGCCAGCGGUGGCAGCGAAUUCAAUUAGCGCCCCGUGGGAUGUGCGAUUUGGAGCGCCCAGCCUGCACUGCAACCUUCGACUGGGCCAGAAACUGGAAGGCUGCAUUGGGAUGGACUGGCCAGAACUGCGGGGCCGUGAACAAAAGGCCCAACUCGACAAUUAGUCGGGCCAGAGUGCCGCAACAACAAUUAUGGCCAUAAGAGCAUUAUGGCCAAGUGCAUUAUGAUGUGAUAACUGCGCCUCGAUCACAUCAAGUAUACGCCGCCUUGUCCACGCACGAGUUUAUU